GCGGGGCCCUGUGGGAGGCCACAGCCUCCUCGCAAAACGCGGCCUUUCCUGACGUAACUCUGAGGUGAUUUCUCUCCUCUUUUUUCUCUCCACCAGCGGGUUGCGGGCUCCGAGACCUUCUGCGCGUGCGCGGGGUCCGGGCUCUCACCGAGCAUGCCCCAGGCUCCCACGUAGCCGAUUGUGCUUUCACGCUGCGCAUGCUCCUUGCCCGCACUUGGCCUCGCCCUCGCCAGUGCGCACGCUCCAUCCCCGGCUGGUCUUCCCUCACCCGGCCAGGUGCCCCCUGGGCCGGACGCCCUGGCCUCGGCGCGCGUAUGUGCGCCGAGCGGUUAGGACGCCUUCCGGCCUCGGGCGCGUGCUCCGGUCCGGUGCAGGCGUGGGGUCGCGCCGGGGACGGGGUGGGGUAGGCGGAAGCUGCGGGGUGGCACGGACCCCGCACCUGCCGCAGCCUGCGUCCCGUGGCCCCUCGGUCCCGCCCGGCAGCCGCCGGCGAAACCCCUGCGCAGCCCAAGUUGACUUUGCGGGCCCCGCCCCCGUUCGCCUCCCUGGCCGGCCCUCUGCGGGACGCGUGGCCUCGGAGCGCGCUCCUUUUCCUCCAGAACCCCCGGAGGACUCGGUUUUCGGACUCCCCGCCGCUGGCCGCAGGCCUCUGUGCGGGCCUGUGGACGGUUCCCCACUGGGAACCUGCGGCCGGAGGCGCUGGGGAAGGGGGUGGGUCGGGACCAGCGGCUCUGGGCACCCCCGCUCAGAGACCUCCGCCGGCGGGAGUUCCCGGCUUCUUUUCAUGGGUUGUCUGACCGCCCAGACCGCUUAUCUCGAGUUCAGUAGCGGCCUGUGAAGGAUCGCAGCCUAGGGGAGCCUCUCGGCGCUAGUCCUGCACCCCGGUUGCUAAUGCCCUGCAAACGCAGGGCUCGUGCUUCGGGAGAAUGCCACUUGAGCAGCACGUGUGGGGGUGGGGUGGUUUCAGAGACCGGUUCUCCCUCGGGAAUGCCAGACAGUGGUCCAGCGGGGCAAAGGUUCAUCAGACCCCGCACUGUGUAGCAUCCCGGGGUCUUUUAGUGCGGGAGCUACCAGCUCUGCCCACCUCUGGCAUUAGAGGGCAUCAGCGUAUUACAGCAUAGUCCAGUGAUUGUUCAUAAUGAUGACCCUGAGUCAUCAACAAGGAGCCUGCAUUGUGGUCUGUGCACCUUGUUCAAGGGGACAAAGUGGGCUAAUCGAUUUUGGAUUUCUCAUUGACAGUUAUUCUUAAAUCCUUUCUCCCCUCUGAUGCUUGGAGUAAAUCCUUCAUCCACCUCUAAUGUCCAAUUGUCAUUACUUCUAAAUUUAAGUAUUCCUAAAUAUUGUUGAUAAAAAGAAAGUAGAAAUUUGGGGUGUUGGUUUGCUUAUUAAUUCAUGCAAUACUAUUGAACGUGGAGUGAAAAGGAGAUAAGCCCAGUCUUAAGGAACCUAACAGUGUUUAUGGUAAGGGAUGCUGGGUGUGUGACCAGAGACUGGUUAUUGGGAGUCUCUAGGUGAGCAGGAGAUGACUGAAGGAACAAUUCUAGUUGUCCCAGAGCCAAUAAGGAUGAGGAGAGCUGAUUCUAGAGCUGUUUACAAGUGAAGUUUGCCAGGUUGUGCUGAUGGGCUGGAGAGGAAAGAGGUUUCCGGUUUGGGAGAGCUGGUGGUUGGCAGCACACCUAACCAAAUGAGGAACGUGUGAGGACAAGCAGAUGUGGGGUAGGGGCGAGGGAAGUGGGCCCUAAGUGCUGCGCUGGGCAUGUGAAGUUUGCUGUGAUGGAAAUGUUCAGGCACCUGCCAUCCCAAGGAGAAGUCUAAGCAGAGAUACACAUCUGGGAGUCCUCCAGUAGACCUGUAAGCCACAAGAGCUCACACAGAGAGCAGAGCUGCCACAUGCUAAGCUCUUAACAGAUGCUGGAGCAGUAAAGACAGUGCUUCUCUGCAUUGCUGCCGAGGCCCCGCAGCCGUCUGCUGGAUUGAGAAUACCCAAGCUGAGUCUUCAGCCCUCGCACCGCUCAGUGAUAGUGACUGAUACGCUCCACGAGCCCCGAGACCCACCGGCUGCUGUUUCCCAUGUUGUUGAAAUAAGAUAAGCACCCGCGAUGGAGGGACUGCUGCAUUACAUCAACCCGGCACAUGCCAUCUCUCUGCUGAGCGCGCUCAACGAGGAGCGCCUCAAAGGACAGCUGUGUGACGUGCUCCUGAUUGUCGGAGACCAGAAAUUUCGAGCGCAUAAAAAUGUCUUGGCCGCCAGCAGUGAAUACUUCCAGAGUUUAUUCACCAACAAGGAGAAUGAGUCACAGACUGUCUUUCAGCUUGACUUUUGUGAACCAGAUGCUUUUGAUAACGUUUUGAACUACAUUUAUUCUUCAUCUUUAUUUGUUGAGAAAAGCAGUCUUGCGGCUGUGCAAGAACUAGGCUAUAGCCUUGGGAUUUCCUUUCUGACCAACAUCGUCUCUAAAACACCUCAGGCCCCGUUUCCAACAUGUCCCAGCAGGAAAAAAAUAUUCAUAGAAGAUGAUGAAAGCAUUUCUCAGAAGAGAAGCGUCAUCGUUUGUCAAAGUAGAAACGAAGCACAGGGAAAAACCGUGAGUCAGAAUCAAGGCAACCUAAGCCAUACGUCCCGGCCCUCCCCUAGCACUGCAGUCAAGACCAGCACCAGUAAGCCCCACGUUCCCAAACCAGCCGAGCCGCUCCAUGGCUUGCCACUAGCCGAAAAGAGUUGGCCGAAAGAUGGUUCUGCGGGCUACGCAAAGUCUCUGGAGCACUCUGGGCCCCUGGAUGACCCCAGCAGAAGCAGUUUGGUGAAAAGGAAUGUACCGCUGCCUUCCAAGCCUCUGCAGGACAGAGAGGCGACGGAUGAUAAAGCCGGUCUGAGUGGCCACCUUCCCAAAGGCAAAGCCAUAGAGCUGGCUUUGAAGAGACCACGGCCCCCGGUGUUGACUCUCGGAAGCUCAUCGGAGACCCCCUAUGUGCUGAAGGAAACUCACAAAGGAGGUGGUCCAGGCGAAGACAGAAACCUGCUGUACUAUUCCAAGCUGGGGCUGGUGGUCCCGUCCGGCAGCUCUGGCUCCGGAAAGCCAGGCAUCGACAGAAGCGGCCCGCUCGUCAAGAGUCUGCUCAGACGGUCGCUGUCCAUGGACAGCCAGGUGCCCGUCUACUCACCCUCCAUAGAUUUGAAGUCUUCCCAGGGGCCCUCUUCAGUGGCCGGCGACUUGCCGGGGGGUGUGUUCUGUGCUCUGUCUCAGAAGUCAUCUCUGAAGGAGUGCGGGGAGAAGGCGGCCCUCGAUGAGCGGAGCCCCGCGCCCCAGCCCCACCGACUCAGGUCCUUCAGCGCCUCCCAGUCCACGGAGAGGGAGGGAGAGCCUGCCGUGACUGAGGUCCGCAUCAAGACGGAGCCCUGCAGCCCGCUGUCGGACCCCUCCGACAUCAUCCGUGUCACCGUGGGAGACACGGCCGCCGCGUCGGCCGCCACCAGAGACCUUUCCCUGAAAACCGAAGACGACCAAAAAGACAUGAGCAGGCUCCCGGCAAAAAGGAGGUUCCAGGCGGACCGAAGGCUGCCGUUGAAGAAGGUGAAGGAGGACGAGCACGGGUCUCCGGUGUCCGAAGAGAACUUCGAGGAGGGCUCAAGCCCUCCUCUCCCCGAUGCAGAGUUUCGAGAUUCUGACUUGAAUAAAGAUGAAUUUGGUGAGUUGGAGGGAACAAGACCAAACAAAAAAUUUAAAUGCAAACAUUGCCUUAAGAUCUUUAGAUCGACUGCAGGUCUUCACCGCCAUAUUAACAUGUACCAUAACCCAGAGAAGCCCUACGCUUGCGACAUCUGUCACAAGCGGUUUCACACAAACUUCAAAGUGUGGACGCACUGUCAGACCCAGCACGGCAUAGUGAAGAACCCGUCACCAGCCUCUAGUUCACAUGCCGUGUUGGAUGAGAAAUUCCAAAGAAAGCUGAUUGACAUAGUGCGAGAGAGAGAGAUUAAGAAGGCCCUGAUCAUUAAGCUGAGGCGCAGCAAGCCUGGGUUCCAGGGGCCGAGUAGCUCCCAGGCCCAGGCCAUCAAGAGGAACUUGCGGUCGCGAGCCAAAGGAGCGUACAUUUGUACUUACUGUGGAAAAGCCUACCGCUUUCUCUCGCAGUUCAAGCAGCACAUAAAAAUGCACCCGGGAGAAAAGCCCGUUGGCGUCAGUAGAGCUGCUAAGCCCAAAGAGCAUGUUUCUCUCGAGAGUCCAGUAGAGAACAAGGAGGUUUACCAGUGCCGCCUCUGUAAUGCUAAGCUCUCUUCUCUUCUAGAGCAAGGAAACCACGAGCGAUUAUGCAGAAACGCAACCGUUUGCCCCUACUGCAGCCUUAGGUUUUUCUCGCCGGAACUAAAGCAGGAGCACGAGAGCAAGUGUGAGUACAAGAAGCUGACGUGUCUCGAGUGCAUGCGCACCUUCAAGUCCUCCUUCAGCAUCUGGCGGCACCAGGUGGAAGUCCAUAAUCAGAACACCAUGGCGCCGGCCGAAAACCUCUCCUUACCCAUUCUGGACCACAACGGCGACGUGGCCACUGCUGCCAGGCCCCUGGCCCAGCCCGAGCCUCAUAAAGCCAACCACGCGGUCGCCGCCAAAGACGACAACGCGUUCAGUGAUUGUUCGGAGCAAGUGAACUUCGAUUCGGAAGACUCCUCCUGUCUCCCCGAAGACCUCAGCCUUUCGAAGCAACUGAAGAUCCACGUCAAAGAGGAGCCCGCGGAGGAGGCCGAGGAAGAGGCGCCCGAGGCCCGCGCCGCCCCCAAGGACGCCAGCUCCAGCAAGGACACCAGCCUGUGGCCCUGCGAGAAGUGUGGCAAGACGUUCACGGCGCACAAGCAGCUGGAGCGGCACCAGGAGCUCCUGUGCUCCGUGAAACCCUUUAUCUGCCACGUGUGCAACAAAGCUUUCCGCACCAACUUCCGGCUCUGGAGUCACUUCCAGUCGCACAUGUCUCAGGCUACGGAGGACUCGGCGCACAAAGACUCGGAAGCGUGCCCCGUGCCCACAAACUCUCCGUCCCCGCCCCCACUGCCGCCGCCGCCGCCACUGCCCAAGAUCCAGCCUCUGGAGCCCGACAGCCCCACGGGCUUGGCUGAAAACCCCGCUCCCGCCACGGAGAAACUGUUUGUGCCCCAGGAGUCCGACACGCUUUUUUACCAUGCCCCCCCCCUUUCGGCAAUCACCUUUAAAAGACAGUUCAUGUGUAAACUGUGCCAUAGGACAUUCAAGACUGCUUUUAGUCUUUGGAGUCACGAGCAAAGCCACAACUGAGAGGCCGUCCCUUCUCACCUGUCACGGAAGGGGCCGUGGUCUGCAGAGUUCAACCUACAUUGUGAAACGUGCAUAAGAAACAAAAUAUUUUUUAAGAGAGAAUAAUAAAGGUUGGAAAUUGUUAUGCUUGAAUAGAAGUUUGAGGUAAAUUGAUACUAAUUAGUAAUGUUCUCACUCAACUUAGGAAAACUGAAACCUGCUGUGCUUUGGACCUUACAGUCACGGGAGGGUUUGACUUCAUUCAUGUUGAAAUUUGAUCUUGGUUGUUUGCAUGGCUCCUCAUUCCACGGUGUCAGUAUAAUCUUUUCCCAGAGGUGGUUUUGGUGUUUUACUGAUUUGAAGUCAGUAAAAUACUAUUCAAGUAUUUCUUUGGAUUCUGUCAGACCCCUAAGUUCUAGUUCAAUCUCAGCCACAUUCUGAAGUCCACAAUGUAUCAGGAGGAAGUGAGUAGUUUGCAGCGUUGACUUAGAUCUUAGGAUACUUUAGCAAUAAAACAAUGAUAAGCCUCAACUUUAAUAAGUUAUCCUGACACUUGAUAACAAUAAAUAUUUGGUAUUUUGUGGUCAUGUAGAAAUUUUUUUGUAUGAAAAUUGUGAGAAAUUUAAAUCAGCAAUAGUAAUACUUAGAUUUUUAUAAAAUAGCAAAAGCUUCUCUUGGGUCAUUUACUAUAACUAAUGAUAGAAGAUUUGGGAAAUGAAAAUGUGAGGGUUUCUGGAAGGCCUCCAAGCCCGUUUACAAAAGCUUCCAUGGCGAUAGGCAUUGUGAUCAAAACUGCUGGGCCGUGCGCGGGCCCCAGGUCUCGGCUCUGACCAGCAUUGGAGGGACUGGACGUGUUUUGUCUCCUCCGAUUCAUGCUGCCACCAGUGGGAAAUCUGAGUGUGUUUGGGACAGAAAACAAAGGUAGCAUAAGGCACUUGGCGUUUUGAAUUUAACAGCAUUAGUGGAACAAUUAAGGUUGGAACAUACACUUAGGUACCUCGGUCCCACACCCCCCGGUCAGGACAGCUGCUGUAAGUCCCAAGUUAGCAUUGACUUCCCAAGGUGGGACACGGGAAAACACGCCGCAGUCCCCACGUGCUCUCAAGAACAGUAUUCCCAGCGUACCAUUUCCUGCCUCUGUUUCUGUUAGAAUUUGUUGGAGUUUAUUGUGGUAAGAUGUCCUCAGUGCAGUCAUUCUGCUUUCACGUUUGAUAAAUCUGUAUUAAGGCACUAUCAAGGGUCCAGAAUUAGUUUUUGCUAGCUAUUUUGGCCCACAGGGUUUGGGCUGCUUUUUUUUUUUUUUUUUUUUUUUUUUUUUGUAUUUUGUAUAAGUUGUCAUUAAACGGCUUUUGUAGGUGUUACCCGAAGCUCAGCGGGUGUUUCUAAAGGGAGAACUUCUAUUUCACUCGUAUAAGCAAGGGGUUAGGUAUGGACAAGUGGAAAUAUUGCUGAAACUACAAAAUCCUUUUAAGGUAGUGCUAUGGAUGAAGCCUCCCAAGUGUAAUAAUUUUUUUUUUUUUACAAGGUAUUCUCUCAAAAAAAAAUUACUGUGACUAAGAAAUAAUUUGCUGAGUACUUCAGCAUGCACCACUGUAGCAGAGAAGAGCUCGGGACUCAUCGGGCUUGUCACCACGUUCCGUACCAGCGGUAGGAAAGACAUUCUUAACUUGUUAUCGAAACACAAGCAUUUUCAUAAAAUACCAGUUGGCUUUGUAGAUUGGAGAGAUGGCAUAUGAAAUUUUGCCUUUUAUUUCUUCAUUUGAAAACUGUCACAAGUCCCAAAAUACUCGAGUGGUCCCUUCCUAAUUUUGUUCUUAAAUUUGGGGGAGAAAGGAAAAUAAAAUGAGGUUUCAGUGACUGCUUAUUGCCAUCUUUAUAUUUUCUUGAAGACGUCUAUGCAUUUUAAAGAUAAAACUAAAGCAGAUGGUGUUCCAUGAAACAUCAGGGUGGGUUAUUGUUCAUUGAACUAAUUCCCUGCAUAAUGUGCUGUUUCUUACUCCGAACACCUUGGCAGCUGUCACUUGUUCGAACGACAGUCUCCCUCAGAGGAAUCCUUGCUUCUGGCAGUGAGAGCGUGUGCGGCAAUUUCCCGGCACACGUGAUCUUGGCAUUGUAAAUUCAGUAUCCCAGGACUUGAACUUUAUGCUACGUUUUUGAAGAUUUUUUAAUAAUGUUAAUCAGUAAAAAAUAUUUUUGAUCUAAAUAUAGGCUUAGCGUAUCUGUUAGAUUUUGAAAAUUGCCAGUGUUUUGUCUCGUUCGUUCACAUUUUUGUCUAGGCCAGGAACGUUAAGAUUUCAAAAAUUUUGAACCAAAAACAUUUAUAAUGCAGUUCCAGUUUUUCUAUUACCUUUUAUACUCUGCCUUCAAAGUGUCAGGCCGAAAGAGUUUAUUUUGGUGGUCAAAAAAUAAAAUAUGCUUCCACUCAUGUAACUUUUAAAUGUCAGGAAGUAAAAUAAUGAAAGACAUACGAAUCGCUCCAUUUAAGAAUGUUGGUCUCGGACCGUGGACAGACACUCGGUCUGUGAGACAGGUUGGUCUUUCAUUGUUAAGACUCCAGCUUGUAAAGGUAUUCUCGAAAAUGUUUUUUCUGAUUAGCACUCAUUUUUGAAAAUGUAGAAAGCUCAGUAUUCCUUGUAAGUAUUCAGGAUGCCUUUUUUUUUUUUAUGCAGUUGUGGAAAGAAUGUAAGAUGUUUUAAUAUAUUCUUUGUUAAUCUGAGAACUUUCUGUUGAAUCAUUUUCUUCACGUGGGAGAGGGAAGAGAGACACCCUAAAAUGUCUUUUUAUCAAAGUCAGCAAUGGAGGUUACAAGUAAUGUGCAUUUUUUAUAGUAAUAUUUCCAUGUAACAGAAUAUUCACCUUUAAAACUAGUUAUGGCUAGUGUGCAUUUAUUGUUCUAGCAGAGUCUAUAAGAGUUCAACCAUGAUGUCACUUUUGCAUUUGCAGGGGGGGCAUGUAUGUAUGUGGUUCUUGGUUUUGUUUUGGAGUGGAUCGUUAACAGCCUUUUAAAAAAUAGGCGGCAGCUCCUGUCCGUCAGCGGUAGUCGUCUCCGCACACAGCGCCCGUUGGCGCUGACCGGGGGAGAGGCUGCGCGGCAAGCGUAGAGCGUGCCCUUCGUGGUGGCCGGGGGAGUCUUCCUCUGCAGGCCAGCGGCCCGUCUGGGGGAGGGAGACACAAGAAUCCACUGAGUGUGUGUGUGUGUGUGUGUGUGUACACAGCCAGAAUCUGGAACCUUCGGAAUUAAAGACAUCUAAGUUUUCUUACCACAAAAGUAAUUAGAUGUCAUGCCAGCCGCUUUCUUUAGAAAUUGCACUAAAUUCACAUUGGAAUAUUACAAGUCCGUUUUGUCAAUUUCUGAUUUCUCAUGGAUGUGUUUUGUAAUAAUUGUGGGAAGUGAUAUUAUUUAAAUAAUGCUAAUACAUUUAAUAAGUUCUUUAACACUGGCUUUUUUUUUUUUUUUAAGUUUAAAACAUAGGGUUUUCUUUUGUGGCUUUAGCACUUUAAGAAGUUUUAUGUUUCCAUCCUUGUUAGUGUGCUCGUUCGGCGCUUCUCUGCGCGGUCUCUUCCACGCGGCGGGGGAGACUGGACGGUCGUGUUUACGUUCCGGAGGGGGAGGACGUGGGUUAGCGUCAGGUUUUUAAGGAAUUCCUUUCAGAGACUGUUGUUUGGGAACCAAAGUAUUUUACUGUAAAUCUUGAAAAUAAUUGAAUUGAGUGCUCUCUAGUCAUUCAUUAGUGCUGUUCUCAAAUUUUCCACAAAGUUAUACUUGGUUAAUGUUAAUUUUCAAAAGGGGUAAUUUCGUAUUGACAUUAAUCCAAUACUUUAAAAGUUUUCACUGAAUAAAUCUUACUAUUAAACAAAUGUGGUUAUAAACAACUUGUGUAUAUUUUGUUGUCAAAUGCCUUAGCAGACUAAAUCAUUGUUCAAUUUUAUUUAGGAAUGAGCUUUUUGGAACUGAAAACUCAUGGUAAAAUAGGAUUUCUGUCUAAUGUCAAUCCAUUGCUUAUCUGUAUCCAAUUCUGUUGUCUGUUUCCUUUGCUUAAAUCUUGACUAAGAAUGAUUGGAGUCAAUAAAUUUGUACUGUAUUUU